GAAGCUUCUGGUGUUCUGGAAUGGCAACUUGCUGCUCUUGAUCGUACAGGCACUUGGGAUAUUGUUCCGUUACCAUCACAUACAGUUCCUAUUACAUGCAAGUGGGUAUUCAAAAUUAAGACCAAGUCAGAUGGUUCCAUUGAGCGAUAUAAAGCUCAUCUUGUUGCUCGGGGUUUUCAACAAACUCAUGGAAGAGAUUAUGAUGAGACUUUUGCUCCUGUUGCUCAUAUGACCACUGUUCGUACUUUGAUUGCAGCGGCUGCUGCAUCUUCUUGGACUAUCUCUCAGAUGGAUGUCAAAAAUGCAUUUCUACAUGGAGAUUUGCAUGAGGAAGUUUAUAUGCAGCCACCUCCCGGUGUUGAUGUUCCUUCAGGACAUGUCUGUCGUCUCCGCUGUGCUCUUUAUGAUCUUAAACAAGCCCCUCGUGCUUGGUUUGAGCGCUUUGUCUCCUUAAUACAGGCUGCUGGUUUUGCACCGAGUGAUCAUGAUCCUGCUUUAUUUAUUCACCUCUCUCCACGUGGACGUACCUUACUUCUUCUCUAUGUUGAUGAUAUGUUGAUUACUGGAGAUGAUUUGGAUCAUAUUUCUCAUGUCAAACAGCAGCUUGGUAAGGAGUUUCAGAUGUCUGAUUUGGGUCCCCUCAGUUACUUCUUAGGGAUUGAGGUUUUUCACUCUGUAAAGGGAUAUUAUAUUUCUAAAUCCAAAUACAUUCAAGACCUCAUUGCUCGUUCUGGAAUCACUGACAAUAGGACUGCUGCAACACCAAUGGAUCUUCACUUGCAGCUUCGUCCUACUGAUGGUACAGUUCUUGAGGAUCCAUCUAGAUAUAGGCAUAUUGUGGGAAGUCUUGUUUAUCUCACUGUUACAAGACCUGAUAUUGCUCAUGCAGUUCAUAUCCUGAGUCAGUUCGUGAGUGCUCCUACUACUGUCCAUUUUGGUCAUUUGCUUCGUGUGCUGAGAUACUUGAGAGGGACAUCAUCCCAGUGUUUGUUCUAUGCUCGUGAUAGUCCGCUUCAGCUCCAUGCUUACUCGGACUCCACUUGGGCGAGUGAUCCAACAGAUCGUCGAUCAGUCACAGGCUAUUGUAUUCUUCUUGGCUCUUCUCCUCUUACAUGGAAGUCCAAGAAGCAAGCAGUCAUAUCUCGAUCUAGUACAGAGGCAGAACUUCGAGCACUAGCAACCACCACUUCAGAGAUUGUGUGGCGUCGAUGGUUGUUGGCUGAUUUUGGUAUCUCCUGUGAUGCUCCCACACCUCUCCUAUGUGACAACACUGGAGCCAUACAGAUUGCUAAUGAUCCAGUCAAGCAAUGUUCUUAUGGCGUCGCCUAGACGACAAGGCGCUCCCCUAUUUUGGCCCGCCUAGGCGUUUUAGCCCGCCUAGGCGGCUAGGCGGUGGUGACUCGCCACAACUCGCCUUAACGCCGUAAGAACAUUGCAGUCAAGUAUGAGUUAACAAAGCAUAUCGGUGUCGAUGCCUCUUUUACCCGAUCACAUUGUCAUCAGAAAACUAUUGCUCUUCAGUAUGUGCCCUCUGAACUGCAAGUAGCAGAUUUUUUUACUAAAGCACAAACUCAAGAGCAACAUCGGCUUCACUUACUCAAACUCAAUGCUUCCGAUCCUCCGCUUCCACCUUGAGUUUGAAGGGGGGUGUUAAGUAUAUGAAGGCCCGUCACUAUUGUAGGCCCAUAUGGCCCAUGAGGAC